AUGUGUAUGAAAAUACGUUGCAAUCAAUGUGGCUUAAUAACAUGGAAAGGUUGUGGUCAACAUAUUGCACAAGUAUUAAGAGAUGUACCAAUGGCACAGCGAUGUAAUUGUCGGAAAGGAGCAACUUGUAUCCCAAAUCAAACUCAAUCAGGUAAACAUUUAUGUGCAGUAACUAUUUGGCAUUCACGUGCUAAUAUAUUAAUUAAUAAUGGAUCGAAUAAUGAUUAUGAUUUAUGGACAUUAGCAAAAGAAAUUCGUACAAGUGUAGAAAAACGAUUUUAUAUACGAUUAGAACCAGCGGUUAAUAUCAUUCGAAUAUUUAAACCAAUAAAAAAAAAAAUGAAAAUAAAAUCAAAAACAAUUCAUAUUUCAUCAGAUAAAAAUGUUUGUGUUUAUCUUCUUUUUGCUGUAAUUAGUUUACGACAAAUAGUUUGUUUUAAAAAUGGAUUUUUUGAAAAUAUCUGUCUUGAUGUAACAUGUAUUUCACAAUGGAUUGAUGAAUAUAAUAUAGCUGAUCUUUAUUUUAAUUACCUAAAUUUAAUAUCAGUACAAUUUAGUCGAGGUAGUAUUAAUAUAGCUGGAAAUACUUUACUAACAUAUGAUAUUGUACGUUGCGUUAAACUUGGUGGUUGUCAAUUUACUCAUUAUCCAAUUGAUCUUCAUCAUAAUUUACUUGUUGCACUUACGAGGGAACAUUCCCAACUGUCACAUCACUUUUGA